AUGUUUAUGAAUAAUAGCAUUGCAAACCUUGAGUUCAGGAUCGAAGCAGAGAGUUGCUGGACAUGGCAUUGGGCGCACUUGAUAAAUCCGCAAGAUUUUGGAUCUUUUACCACACCUAAUUCCUUGCACUGGCCACUGGGAACCGGUGAAGGAGUCAUUGGAGGUCCAUUUUCAGGAGUCCAGGUGUCGUCUUCUGUGUUUUCAGUUCCUGGAACAUUGGUUUCAGGAACGGUUGUUUCUGUGGAACCAUUUGGAACUGUAGUUCUUGUGAAAUCACCUGAAACAGUAGUUCUUGUUGAACCGUUUGGAACCGUAGCUCUUGCAGAAGUUCCCUUGGUUCCGCGGAAGUCGUCAGUCUCGAUACUCCAGACCAUGGCGCCACCUAGGCCCAUUUUUUUGGCAAACUGAGCCUUGGCUUUUAUCGACUCUUUGUUGUCGAAUCCGACCCACUGGUUCUCUUUGUGGGCCCAGGGGGCUUUUCUUUCAGGGUCAUAGUUGACCUUCCAGCCAUUUUCUUUAUGCAUCUCACAGAUUUCAUUGUAGCCCAGUAUUCCUGCCUCCUGAGUGUAGGGUCCAGCGGUUCCAGGCCCUGAAGAAGCGGCGCCGAUUCCGUUCUCCCUGGGGUUUGAGAGAGUAAAUGCGCGACCGUAAGUUGGAACUCCAAGGAUUAGUUUCUUUUUUGGAGCGCCUUUGGAUAACCAGUAUUUUACUGCUGCUUCCUGAACAUUUAUAAG